GUAAUCCUUUCAGUCGUGUUGCCUACUGGUCAAGACUUAGCAAAAAUAUCACCGUUUUCUAACGUUGAAAUUGGGCAAUAUAAUCAAAAUAAUAAUGUUGUUAAUGAUUUGGUUAAAAUUGUUACCGACAAUUCGUUCGAUGGUAUUGAUAUUGAUUAUCCUAAUAUGCUUCCAUGCUAUCCAUCGCAAGGGACGCAAGGACAAAAUUUUAGUACUAAUAAUUUAAAUCCUGUUUUCAUAUCUCUUAUUGCUGAUUUAUCAAGCAAAUUAAAACAAUCUAAUAACAGUGACAAGUCUACGAAUGCUGGAAUAAAUGAUAUUCAAAAAAUUUUUGAUGCUUGGAAUAGUUAUGUCAGUAAAUCAAAACUCGUUUUGGGAAUCGAUUUUGGUGGUAUUGUUGAAGUUGUCAUUUCAAGUAACAUUACAGCGGAUACCAAUAAUCAAAACCUGAAGAUUGUAAAUGUUACAACUGCUCAAUUUUCAUUUGCUGAUGAACGAUUCAAGAUCCAUGCGGACUUUCAGUAUAUGCAUCUUGGUCGUGAACCAAAUACGCCUACAUCUAAUUAUACACCUUUGUCCAAUGUAGGUGCAAUAGUGAGUGGUGUAAUAGGCUCCUUUAUUUUUGUUAACGUAAUAAUGGCAGCUGGCUUUAUAUUAUAUCGAAGAAAAUACAGUGCAGGAAUUCCAGAUCUACUCGUAGACACAAAUAAUCAGGCAUGCUCUGAUACAAAUCGUCAUGUUUACUCUGAUAUAAAUUGUCAAGUUCGCUCAGAUACUUAUAGUCGAAUCUACUCGGAUACAAAUCAUAAGGUUUCCUAA